AUGAUGCAAGAGAAUUCAUCAAUUACCAACAAAGAUUUAAUUCCGAUCCCCACCAUUGCCGAAGACAACAAGAAGCCCACCAUCAAUGGAGACAAGAAGAAGAAACCAGGCUCAUUCAACCUCCUCAAGGCAGCAUUGUUAAUGCUCCGUCGUGGAUCCAAAGGAAAACCAAAGCCCGUUCAAGUAGAGGUGGCUUCAAAUGGGAAUUGGAAGCAAAUUGUUGGAUCAAUUCGGCCCUUACACCUCCACGACCACCUGUCUCCACCAUCUUCAAUCAUGGAAGGCCCACCCUCGCCAAUCGUUGAGCAAUUUGAGGAUAUGAUUGGUCCAGCUUCCCCCUCUCCUUCCUCCUCCUCUGGUGGCACCAUGAGCCAAUAUGCUUCGGCAAACAAUCUCCAGGAACUUGAUAAGGAUGAAGAGAGUGGGGAUGAUGACCCUGACGAGGUGUUCGAUGCUAUUAGAGGGGAUGAGAUGAUUGAUUCCAAAGCUGACGAGUUCAUAGCUCAAUUCUACCAGCAAAUGAAGCUUCAAAACUGGGAUUCGGGCAAUCGUCACAUUCACAUGGAAUUGGCACCCCAUGCAGGGCAAGUUGGCCCACUAGAAGGGAAAAGUCCAAUAGUUACGCACACGCACCCAGGCAGGCAGCUUGAUGACCCCCAAGAAGGACAACAAAGAAAUUACACCAACCAAUUCCACCCUGGACAAGGAGGAUAA